GCAAUCCUCAGAUCAUGACCUGAGUCAAAAGCAAGAGUCCGCAUCCCCCCACCCCGGGGCGCUCCUGGUCUAGCCCUUUUGGCUGCAGGUGCUUCCCGACAUGCCUAGUCUGCACCAUGUAUCCUUCUGGUGCCCUGCAGCAUCACAAAUCUGUGUCCUGUGGCCCCAUUGUGCUGUGUGGUCCCAGCCCGCCCCUGCCUCAGUGUCCUCAGCACCAGGCAUGGCGCAGGGCAGGAGCCUGUGAAGACGGGUGCGGUGGGAGGGACGGAAUGAAGGCUGUGUGUGUGCCUCGCUGCUGCACUGCCCUGCUGGCUCCCUCGUGGGGGGCUCCGAGCGGAGGGGGCUUUCAGCUGGGGGUUCUCUCAAGUGGGUUUUAAACUUCCUGGGGAGGUAAAUGCAGGUGCCAUUUCAUUGGGGACCUGAAGGAGUGGGUUGUAGCUGUGCUUGUAAUUUGGGGACUAGAGCACAGGACUCAGCGGUGGUCACUUGUUCCUGGAGAAACCAUUGUCUCCAGGAAGAUGAAGGCCUUUUCGGCACGUGUUUUGAGAGUCGGAUCUGUGGGAAAUUCCCGCCCGCCCUCCCACCGGCGUGGUCGGUGCACCAGCAGGACGCCACAGAUGUGGAGAGGCGAGGGCCAGCAGGUCUAGAGAAGAAAAUCCGGGAAGAGUCACCCGCAGACUGCACGCGUGAUGCCAGGAAUGGGGAGCGCACCUGUCUUCACUGCGCGCUGGAGUCCAGGCCUGUGCUUGGGGUGCCGUUCUCCGUGCACUGGGCCUGCCCCCUUGUGGAGAGGAGUGAGGACCGCUCUCUCAAGGGCCUGGCCCUUGUGUCCACAGGGAGGACAUGUCACGGUGUCACCACAGUCUCCCACCCCUGGACAGAGGGUCUGAGCCCAGGAGGGGCAUGUAAGAGGCAGACUCCACAGAAACCGUCAAGGGUCUGCACAGGAACAGGCUUGAGGCCGCAUUCCCGGUGGGGACCUGGGGGCAGUGGAGCCCGGGGUCUCGUGACCCGUUGUGGCUUAGGAAGGGCGCGGCGGUGCGCGGCUCUCAUGGCUGCAGCCGGCGCGACCCCUCCCGGCUCCCUAGACCUGCUGCAGCCCGGCUUCUCCAAGACCCUCCUGGGGACCAAGCCGGAGGACAAGUACCUGUGCUCGGCCUGCAGGAACGUGCUGCGCAGGCCUUUCCAGGCACAGUGCGGCCACCGCUACUGCUCCUCCUGUCUGACCAGCAUCCUCAGCUCCGGGCCUCAGAACUGCGCCGCCUGCGUUCACGAGGGCAUAUAUGAGGAAGGCGUCUCUAUUUUGGAAAGCGGUUCGGCUUUCCCAGACAACGCUGCGCGCAGGGAGGUGGAGAGCCUGCCGGCUGUCUGUCCCAGUGACGGCUGCACCUGGAAGGGGACCCUUAAAGAGUAUGAGAGCUGCCAUGAAGGACGCUGCCCGUUCACGUUGACCGAGUGCCCGGCGUGCAAAGGCCUGGUCCGCCUUGGGGAGAAGGAGCGUCACUCAGAGCACGAGUGCCCGGAGAGAAGCCUCAGCUGCCGGCACUGCCGGGCACCCUGCUGCUGGGCGGACAUGAAGGCGCAUCACGAAGUCUGUCCCAAGUUCCCCUUGACUUGCGACGGCUGCGGCAAGAAGAAGAUCUCACGGGAGAAAUUCCAGGACCAUGUCAGGGCGUGCGGCAAGUGCCGGGCCCCGUGCAGGUUCCAUGUCGUCGGCUGCCCUGAGUUGGUGGAGAGCGAGAAGCAGCAGCAACAUGAGGCCCACUGGCUCCGGGAGCACUUGGCCAUGCUGCUGGGCGGCCUCCUGGAGGCCAAGCCCUUCUCUGGGGCAGGGGGCCACUUCCUGAGCCAGAGCGAGGUGGGGGGCUGGGAAGCCAGCACGCUGCACCCCGAGGCGGGGCUCCCCAAGGCUGCAGAGCUGCAGCAGCGGUGCGAGGCCCUGGAGAGGAAGACCGCCACCUUUGAGAACAUCGUCUGCGUCCUGAACCGAGAGGUGGAGAGGGUGGCCAUGACUGCCGAGGCCUGUGGCCGGCAGCACCGGCUGGACCAGGACAGGAUCGAGGCCCUGAGUAACAAGGUACAGCAGCUGGAGAGGAGUAUCAGUCUGAAGGACCUGGCGAUGGCGGAGCUGGAGCAGAAGGUCCAUGAGAUGGAGGCGACCACCUUCGACGGCGUGUUCAUCUGGAAGAUCUCUGACUUCGCCAGGAAGCGGCAGGAGGCCGUGGCCGGCCGCACGCCUGCCAUCUUCUCCCCAGCCUUCUACACGAGCAGGUACGGCUACAAGAUGUGUCUGCGCAUCUACUUGAACGGAGACGGCACCGGGCGCGGGACACACCUGUCGCUCUUCUUUGUGGUGAUGAAGGGCCCCCACGACGCGCUCCUGCGCUGGCCCUUCAACCAGAAGGUCACCUUAAUGCUGCUCGACCAGAACAACCGGGAGCACGUGAUUGAUGCCUUUAGACCCGAUGUGACCUCGUCCUCUUUCCAGAGGCCAGUCAGUGACAUGAACAUUGCCAGUGGCUGCCCCCUUUUCUGCCCUGUCUCCAAGAUGGAGGCCAAGAACUCCUACGUGCGCGAUGAUGCCAUCUUUAUCAAAGCCAUCGUGGACCUGACGGGGCUCUAGCUGCCUCUCCCCAGGGUCGGGUCGGGGGUCAGGAACCGCGGGGCUGGCGGCUCAGUGAGGGAGCCACCACGCAGGGCCUGAGCCUCGUGGUGGGUGGGCACCUGCUGUGUUCACAUCCCACUGGGAAGGGGCCGCCCUGGGAGAGGCUGCUCCGCUCAGGCCCCGUGGAGUGGGCUGCAGGCCUGCCAGGAGCUGGCGGCGGGCCGGCCGUGCGGGCGCUCGGGGCAGGGGGAGCCGAAGGGCAAGGGGAGCCGGCACCGUGUCCCGCCCUUAGGCCUGGAGAGAAGGGACAUUCUCAGGCCUGGCCACUACUCUGAGGAGGGGUCCUGCUGUGCAGGCCUGGCCAGGCCAGCGGGCAGGGAGGGCACGCCCGUGUCCUCGGGGCAUCCUUUCCGCUGCCCUGUGGUGAGUGUGGGGUGUGCACUCGGCCCUGCGAGGAGAUAGGAUGGGUCGGCUGCCUCGUUGGGCUGCGGAGAAGUCGUUAUUAAACUGUUAAAUCUCUGG